AGUUCGCCGCUUUAUUUGAGCGUUCAUGAGAAGGAGACAUCGCGUGAAUUCGAUAUACACAUGUUUAUUUAUUGCUCAUUGGAUAUCAUCGAUGAGAAAGUGUUUGGUAACAGCAAGACCCAGGAGCUGUAUCUUGGACCACUGAUCUCUGAUCAAAAUUUCAAGUCGUUUGGUUAUGUCACGAAUACGAAUAUAAAAAUGAUUGUUGUAACAGAAGUUGGCAAUACCUCGCUCAAAGAUCAGGAUAUCCGUUCGAUAUUUAAACGGCUGCACAAUGCCUAUUGCAACUCGCUGUCGAAUCCUUUCUAUGUGCCCGGACAAGUUAUCAAAUCAAGGUAA